UGGCGCGGAAAGUUGUCACACCACACAGCGUUGCUCUCAGUCCAUAAACGUUUUGUUUACAUUUUUCCUCAGGAGGUUCUGACUCAUUUGCUGUUAUCAUGAGCGUGCUGGAGGUGAAGUUCAUUGGUGAUGGAGAUGCUCUGGAGCACAUCGUGGACAAACAGGAGGGUGUGCAGAGUAACAGUGGAUCUGUUCAGAAGAUUGUAACGUUUAAGAGCCCAGCUGGACGACGAGCCAGAGAGGAUGCAGGACAUGAUGGGGACGAAAAUGGAGUCCUUGAUGAGCAGAACUAUGUCCAAGCUCUGGGAACAGACAAUGCAGAAGAAGAUGAGGAGGGUAUGUACAGAGUGGCUGGGUCCACUAUCUUCACCUUUCAGAAAGCCAAACGUGGACACAGCAUGGCCCAAACUGCAAGUGAAUUGGCUCGGACUCCUGGGAAAAGUGUGACCUUCACCACGACCCCCAACAUUGAACCCUCGACUCCCACCCGAACAAGCCGCAACAACAGAGGUGGAAGCAGGACGCCACAGAGGAGCAAGAAGGUUCAGUUUGUCUCCACAACACCCCACAGGCUCAGGAAAAGAAUGACAGCUCCCAGCAUGCGGUCAGACAGCGAUAGUGAGCUGUCGCCCUCCGACUCUGGGGAGGAGGAGGAGGAGGAUGAAGAUGUGAUGGAGGAAGAGACGAAGGUAAAGAAAGAAGACAAGGAGAGCUUGAAGACUUUAAAAACGCCCAGUAAAGGUUCAUCCGCAGCGCUCUACAAGACUCCUGCCAAGAAGAGCAAGACCACAUCAGAAGCACUCAAUCAGCCCACUAUGGUUGAGGAGUAUUUUGAAGCCCAUGGCAAUUCAAAGGUCUUGACAUCAGACCGCACCCUGGAGCGUUUACACACCCCUAAACUUGACAGGGAGACCUUGGUCCAGCUUUUAGAAGGAAAACCGUCGUGCUGCUCGAAAGAGAUCCAGCAGCUCCACAGCAAACACCAAAAGCACUUUAGCAAAUGGAUGUUACAGUUACAGUUGGGAUUCAGUGUGCUGGUCUACGGUUUGGGCAGCAAAAAAUCUCUGCUGGAGGACUUCCGUGUGUCUCACUUGGCUCAGGAGAUCCAUCUCGUGGUCAACGGAUUCUUCCCUUCUAUAACUCUUAAAUCAAUCUUAAAUGCUCUGACUAGUGAAGUUCUAGAGCAUCAGGGAAAUUUCCGGACACCCACGGACCAGAUCCAGUACAUCACUCAGACCCUUAAAGACAGCCCGGAUCUCCACGUGUACCUGCUGAUCCAUAAUAUCGAUGGACCAAUGCUACGAGGAGAGAAAAUCCAAAGUGCACUGGGGCAGCUGGCAUCCCUGCCCAACCUGCACUUGGUGGCGUCUUUAGACCACAUAAACGCUCCAAUGGUGUGGGACCAGUUUAAACAGAGCCAGUUUAACUGGUUGUGGUGGGAGUGUGUGACCUUCCAGCACUACGUAGAGGAAACGUCGUACGAAAACUCGCUCCUGGUGCAGCAGACUGGCGCUCUCGCUCUCUCCUCCCUUACACACGUGCUACGCAGCUUGACACCCAAUGCAAGAGGAAUUUUCAAAUUGCUGGUGAAGUUCCAGCUGGAAAACCAAGAUAACCCUUCAUACACAGGAUUGUCAUUUCAAGAUUUCUACCAGCGUUGUCGAGAGGCGUUCUUGGUGAACUCCGACCUCACACUCAGGACUCAGCUGACUGAGUUCAGAGACCACAAACUGAUACGGACACGCAAGGGUGCAGACGGAGUGGAAUACUUAGUCGUCGCUGUGGACGCAGGCACGUUGAUGGAUUUCCUGGAGAACGAAGAGGGUGACUGAGAAGAAAAGGCUUUUGACUUGUAUCUCUUGUAGUUCAUCCACUGACCAGUUAAGAGAUUUUUUGGUUGAAUCGAUCACGGAUAUAAAAACCCGGUUACAUCUGAUCUACAGAACACGUGAGCCCAGCGUAUAGGCUCUGCACGGUUUUGAAUGAAUGAAUGGAUGAAUCUAAUUAUUGGUGAAAUGUUUUCACUUGUUAGAAAUUACCCAUUAGAGCUCUGUGACAUUCUCAUCUUGUUUAAUGUAUACAUGUUUUAAGCUAACACCUGUGUAAUUAAAAUCAACACUUAAAAGUAAA